CAAAGUCAAAACCCUCAAAGUACACCCUGUAGCGAGUAAACUCUAACACAGAAAAUACCUCCCCCAAAAGCCUCGUUGGAGAUUUCUCAGUUUCCAUUGUUUACUUCCUGCCCCGCGUGACGUAGCUGCACCGCGUGACGUCACUUCCUCUGCCAGCCGACCAUAUUAAGUGUCGUAAAACCUGCUUCUUUUCAAAGCUCUAUCCAGUCAUGUCGCGGAGGGUCUGUUGCCUGUAUUGUGUGGAGAAAUCCACAAUGUUUGCAGUACCGAAGGCAGAACCACGACGAAGUCAGUGGUUGACAUUCCUUUUUAACACUGUUCCAGCUGAUUUACCAGCCGGUACUGUUGUGUGUGCGCGGCAUUUCACGGACCAAAGCUUUAAAAACGUAACAAUGUUUAGCUUCGGACUUGCAAAGCUUAUAUUGGAGGACGAUGCUGUUCCUACUUUGUUUGGACCAGCGGGAGAUUCUGGUACACAACCUAGUACAUCACAGCAGGAACACAAUACCAACUGCUCCAGUACAGUCGGAUGUCAAACAGACCGUCCACAGACUGUUUGUGUGGGAACUCAGAGGGUUGAGACACGGUCUGUGGGAACACAGACAGUGGAAUGUAAAGUGUCCGCCAUUUCUGUUGCUACACAGUUGGCCCGGGGAACACUGAAAUCGGCACACGUGAGAAGCAAAGGCAUCCAGGCCACGGUGUCUUUCAAAAGUGUUGGCACUAAAACUUCCACCUACACAGAAAUCCCCUUGUCCUCUACACCAAUAAAGGGCCCAGGAUUGGGACCUCGCAAGAGACCUCGACUGGAGUUGGAGGAGGAACAAGCAGAGACGUCGACAGAAUUUGAGGAGACUCUGGGUUCGAGUUACCACCCUGAUGAUACUGUAGAAGAAUGCGACGUAUCACUUCAGACCCGAUCCACGCAUCGUGACGUAAAGUACAUUGUUUUUGAAAGCUGCCUCAGACAGCUGUUUGAAAAAUGUCCGGUGUGUAAGACAGACUGUGAUGUCCAAACAAGAAAAGUGGGGACCUAUGUGGCGUUCACACAGCGUUGUUCAAACUGCAGUUACUUCAGAAAAUGGGAGAGCCAGCCCGUCAUCGGAAGUACCCCGGUUGGCAACUUACAAUUAUCCGCUGCUACAUACUUCACUGGGGGUUCCUUCUUCCAACUACGAAAGAUAUGCAGAGCCAUGCAGCUGGAGAUCAUCGGGUAUGGGACCUUCAGGAGGCAUGCUAAGAGUUACCUGGAGCCUGCUAUUAUCCACAAGUGGAACACUGAUCAGCAGCAGAAUUUCGAUAAUCUACAACAACAGGGGGGAAAGGUCGCAGUUGCAGGAGAUAUGAGAGCAGACUCUCCAGGACACUCGGCUAAGUUCGGUAGCUACACACUCAUGAACCUGGGAAGCAACACCAUUCUGGACUUCCAGCUUGUUCAGAGCAAUGAAGUAGGUGGUAGUUACCACAUGGAAAAGGAGGGACUCAAAAGAUGCCUAGAUCAUCUGGAGUCAAAGGAUUUGGCGGUUGAGAACAUUGUGACUGACCGUCAUCCGCAGAUCCAGAAGUACCUGAGGGAACGCAACAUCGAACAAUUCUAUGAUGUGUGGCACUUUGAAAAAGGUUUGUCCAAGAAACUUCUGAAACUUACACAGAACAAGGACUGUGACACGAAGUUGAAGAGGUGGCUGCGCAGCAUAAAAAACCAUGUCUACUGGAGUGCGACGAGCACAACCUCGGGGCCGGAGAAGGUGGCAAGGUGGACGUCACUGGUCAACCACCUACAAAACGUUCACGUGCAUGAUGACCCCCUCUUCCCCAAGUGCACACAUCCUGUAGGAGCCGCAAGCGAUGCAAAUAAACCUUACCUAAAAGGUGGCUCAAUAACACUCGCCAGAGUUGAAACGAUACUCACCAACAAGAGAGUUCUCAAAGAUGUGCUAAAGCUAAGCCAUCACUACCAGACCUCAUCCCUGGAGUCCUUCCACAACUUAAUUCUGCGUUUUACCCCAAAAAAUGUGGUUUUCCCCUUCAUUGGAAUGUUGUGCAGGUUGUGUCUAGCAGCAAUGCAUCACAACGAGAAUGUUGGGCGUGACCAAGCGACAACUGCUGCAGGAAAACUUGUCUUCAAAUUGGCUUAUCCAAAAUCAAAGAGGGGAGAGUGUACGGUCAAGUCUGUUAAGAACGACCCUACAUACAUCUAUGUGGAUGAGCUGACGAGGCUUGUGUUUCACAAAGUAUUUCUGGACCCUACACCCUUUGUGGACGAGCUGAAACGAAUCCACGUCCCAGAGGACCUGUCAACUCAAUUUGAUAGGCCCCCCAAGGAGGAAAUGAUUGUCAGCCGUUUCUCCCGUUUCCCCCCAAAGGAGGUCGAAAUCCUACAUAUUGUCCAGCCAGAUCUGGAAACUCCUGGCGGAUCCGGAGCACAACACACGACGGAAUCACCACUCUGAUGCCUCGCCCUAAAUAUCCCCAGCACCAGCUUACAAAGCUGCGAUACGCAAGAUAUCGAAAACGCCUAUCGGGAGAGGAAUGGAUGAUGUACAUUACAUUCAAAUAUAAAUAUACAUUCACACAUUUUGUACAUUUGUAAAAAUAAAGUUUGAUGGAAAUACUUA